UUGUGAUAUCAUUAUUGUUGUUUUUAUUGUUGUUGUUGCAUUAUAGUUAUUAGAGUUAUUUAAACGAAUCAGACAUGCAGUCGUGGAAAAAUACAAGCCGCUAUCAUUCGUGAUUUUUUUUUUUUUUUUUUAUGAAGAACAAUAAUCUGACUAUAAGUCCUACCUCCUGUCAUAAAUAUGUAUAACCCGAGUACACCCUUCUCUCUGGGUUUGAUUUAGUCGGAUAUCUUGCUGCUCACCGUCUUUGGCAGACAUCCAUUUCCUGGUUCGACCAGCUGGGAGUGGCCGCUGCCUUCAAAUCUUGUGUGACUUCCUGGUUUUUACUAGUUCCUUUCGGACUUAGCCCAGGGCUACAAAGUGAACAGGACUUUGAGGAGAUGAGGAUAACUUAUUCCUGGAGGUUGGUGAAGUUGCUCGCCGUUUCAGCUGUGCUUGUCCUGUGUUGUCAGAUUUUAGUGUGUGGAGUUACACACGGUAAACAUCCGCUCAAAAGUCCCCUUACUGCGGAGGAGUACAGGGUCAUAUCCCCUGGAACUUACCAGUAUAUUCUCAAUCAGCCCGCUGCAUGCAAAGACAGAAGCCCCUUCUUGGUUUUUAUGGUGCCAGUAGCCCCACAGGAGGCUGCAGCGAGGGAAGCUGUCAGGAAAACAUGGGGUGCCCCCAGUCAGGACACACUAACUCUGUUCUAUGUGGGACUCCCUGAGGAUGGACAGCUGUUGAGUAUCCAGAACAAGCUGGAGGAGGAGAGUAAGGAACAUGCAGACAUCAUCCAGAUGAGCUUCCAGGAUAGUUACCAAAACCUGACUAUCAAGACCAUGAUGAUGAUGAGCUGGCUGGCAGCCCAUUGUCCAAAGGCAUCCUACGCCAUGAAGGUGGAUGCUGACAUCUUUGUGAAUGUGUUCUACCUCGUCAGUCGACUGAGGAGCUCCCCCAGGCAGAGCUUCAUCACAGGCUCAGUGAUAAGUGAUGGUAGACCGAGAAGGGACAGUAACAGCAAAUGGCAUGUUUCAGAGGAGUUGUAUCCCGAGGACAGCUUUCCCUGGUAUGUGUCUGGAGCUGGGUAUGUCUUUUCUGUAGACUUGGCCGCCAGGAUUUCCUGGGCUUCCAAGUUUGUCCGGAUGAUUCCCCUGGAGGAUGUCUAUGUAGGGUUGUGUCUGAGGGUGUUGGGAAUAAGGCCAACAUACUCCCGCAGCCUGCUGUCCUUCAGGAACCUGUUUGAAAUAAGACACUUGGAGUACAACAGGUGCGAUUUUGCCAAACUGGUCAUUGUCAACCGGUUCAAGCCGUCACAGCUGUUACACAUUUGGCAAGAUUUCUCCAAAGGCUAUACUAGCUGCUGACAGCAUGAGACCUUCAAAAAGGAUUUCAAAUUAUGAAAUAAGUGACCUGCUGUAAUGGAAAUGAAGCCAUUAGACCCACAGCCAUCCGGGUGGGGUUGUUCAGGUUAAAGGCAGGUGGAGUGAGUUGAGCUACAUUGGCAAGCAUAAGAAAUCCUGGAAAGAGAACUAUAUUUGUUAAUCAUCAGGGAAUUGAACAAAUUAGGCACUUUACAGCCCUGGUAUUGCAAAUUAUUAAUAUAUUAUUAAUAGAUUAUCAGCAGCCUUAAAAGAUGUAUGUUAUGAUCUCUCACGUGCUGCAUUUCAGUCCGACUAGAGAGGAAGCAACACUCUUUCAGUCCCUGAAAGUAACAAGAUAUGUACUGUGAGUAGUCACAGUGCUUCAACCUCUAUAUCAAGAAUGCUGGAAUUUAUAUCGCUGGAGCUAUUCUGUCCUAUGUAUGGCUAGAGUAUGGAAUGCAUUGUCAGAAUUUGCAGUUUACAACAAAGACUUUUUGAAUAUUGAUACAUUUUUCUGCCAUUGGAGCUCACAUGUAGAGGAAAUUACAUGAAGCCACAGCAAACAUUCUGUUUAAGAAUAAGAAUAAAAAAAAACUCACAACAACUCACUAUGUUGUACUGCUGCUAUAUAAAACAAAGAGCUUGAUAAAGUGUAGAUAUCGUAGAACAACCUGCAGCAUGUUUGUCGGCUUUAAGUGCCUAUUUAUUGGAGUACCUAUCUUAUCACAGUGUGUUUAUGUAUGUACAUAUUAUAGCUACAUCCAGCAGGUGGCAGUAUGUGCCAGUAGAUGACAUGUAGGUUACACUUGUUUUACACUUAUCCAGUCGUGCAUAUAGAUACUUCUGUUGACCCAGUGCCUAUGACUUUUAGACAGUGAUAAUUAUAUAGACUUUUGCUCUCAUAAAAAUAUUAAUGUAUGUUCUUUGUUUCACUUAUUAGAGUGUGACACUGUUAUACUGUACACCGACAUAAAAACAUGAAACAAAAAGAAAGUAUAUACAGGGCAUUAAGUAAUAGGCUAUGCAAAGAAAUGUAUCAUAUAAUUAUAUAAUUUAUUAUAAAAUGCUUUGGUAAAACUGUCUUCAUUAAAAAUAGAAAUAUUACACUAUAUAAAUACUCUGUUACAAUUAAAAGUUCAUUACUUCAGUAAGAUUUCAGUAUUAUCAGCAAAAUGCAAUUCAAGCAACACAAGUUAAAUUCUUGUUCUGUAAAAUAGAGAGAUAUUAGAGAGAUAAAGAGCCUGAAAGUCCUAAAAAGAUUGUUUAAAGUCUUAUAUGCACAAGAGAGUGAUACAAAAAAUGAAUGUUUGGAUUGACAAUUCUCUCAUGGUUUUGUUAGUUUUCUUCUUUUUUUUUUUUGGUCUACUUUUAUUCUUUUGAGUGCCAGUUACACAGUUUGCUUCUGGCUAAGUGCGCUCUGUAAGUUAAUAUCUGUAGAGUAAAACAAAUAAAUUGUAUCUAUUGGACA